CUCAAGAAGGCGAACCGGCCGAACCUGUACGCCGAGGUCGGCCCGGAUUUGGACGAAAAUUCGUCGGAGCAGGAGAUGAAGAAGGCCUACAAGAAGGCCGCGCUCAAGUGGCACCCGGACCGGUUCUCGACGAAGAGCGACGAGGAGAAGAGCAAGGCCGAGGUCCAGUUCAAGAAGAUCAACGACGCCUACGAGUUCCUCACGGACCCGCAGCGCAAGAAACUCUGGGACCAGGGCCACGACCGCGAGGAGGUCGAGCAG